AAAUAAGUCAAUAAGCUGUUUUGAAAAGCUUUAAAAUAGAGUUUUUCAAAAUGACUUAUUUGCUUAUUUGCUUAAGCAAAUAAGCAAAUAAGUCAUUUUGAAAAGCUUAGCCAAACAGCCCCUAUACCACGGCAGAGAGAGACAGAGGAGCGUCGGAGAUGGAGACACCAACCAUCAUCUCCCGUCGGCAACCCUCUUGGCCUUCCGUCAGACCUGUGGUGCGUUGUGGUGGUUAAGACGCGUGAAUCGAUGGUAGAAGGCGGUGGUAGACGAGGUUGGCGGUGAUGCUGUGGUGGUUUUGACGUGGGUAACGAUUGUAGAAGGCAGUGGUGGAUGCGCAUUCCACAGUCAUAGUUUGCCGGAGAUAAUGUUAUCGGUCGUCGGUGAAGGCGACAGUGACGAUUGCGGGUUCUAGGGUUCCGGCGAGUGUGCCCAUGACUCUCAUCGGACAAUCUAGAGAUAGAAUGAGAGACUUGAAGGUGAUCUUGAACAACCACAACCUCAGUGACAUGAAUCGGUGCUCCGACGAAGUCGGUUAGGUUCCACCGUUAAUCUUCAGGGUUAGUUAUGGGAACAAAUCCAUUUAUUUAUUGUAGGUUCAGGAUCAGGCCAUGCUUCAACUUUGGACUCUUGGAUUCUUGGAGGGACAUUUUUAUUUCAACAGAUCCUUACCUUUGCUUUUCUUAUUUUUUUCCCAGAGUAUCCAUCGGCAGCCCACAACAUGUUAACCAAACCAGGUUGGCAACGGUUGCUGGUCCAACAAGUCGACACGGUCAAAUGUUAAUAACGUCAGCACCUACUCUUGAUGUUGAUUGGCACAACAAUGUCUCAUUUGCAACGUGUUCAAUUGAUAACGUGAUUUAUGUUUGUAAAGUUGGAGAUUAUAAACCUGUAAAAGCUUCUGUGGGGCAUCAGGUGGUUAUCAUGUUUGUGAGUUAAUUGAAGGCAUUGACUAGAACGUUUUGCGUUGAGGGAUGAGUUGGGAGUCCCAAGAGGAACUUACCAUGGCAUUGGCUCGCAAGGGCCAUGUCAACGUUCUCUUCGCCCCGCUCAAACUGCACCACAUUUGAGUGCUUUUAGACUUUUGUCAUUAUAGCUGCCUUGAUUUAGAUGAACUAAAGAUUUGAAGAGCUCGACUUUUCAGCUACAAUGGACUGGAGAUAGCUACAGUGAACUGGAGAUAGCUACAAGAGGGUUUACAGAAGAUUAAUCACAGGUAGGAAAAAUGUAGUUUGUUAAUAUGAUUGCAAAGAGGAGGGUUUACAGAAGAUGAAUCACAAGUUAAAGAUUAAUCACAAGUAGGAAGGUAGUUUGUUAAUAUGAUUGCAAAGAUGCAAUGAUUAUGAUAGAAACCCGAGUCCAAUGUUGGGUCAAAAAUAAUUCGGGUUAUGAAUUGUAAUGUAAUGAUUCGGUUUAGCGCAAUUGCGUUAUGAGUUUACGUUCAUGUUAUCACACCAAGAACUGUUCGGUUUCGCACGCUGCACAAUUGCGUUAUGAGCGUUAUGAGUUGUGAGUU